AUGUCCCCCCUUUUGCGAAGAUGGGCCAUUGGAACCAUCUUGGCCAUUGUCUUCUUUAUCGUUGCUUUUCACACGCUCGCUAGCAUUCACGGCCAUCACCACGGCCCUCACCGCCAACCGCAACCUAUCGAUCGAGUCUUACGCCCCGGCUGGUUCAAGCCUCGAUUCAGAUGGAGAGACGUUCCCCUUAGACAUCCCUUGGCCGAAUUUACCUCCCUACCCACUGGAGCACCGGUCUCGAUACCGAAAGUCCAGCAUGACUUUGAAGAGGAAAGCCCAAUGCACGCUAUCGAACGUCGAAAGAGGUUGCAGGCUGUCGAGGAGGCGUUCAAGCAUUCGUGGGAGGGAUACAAGAAGAACGCCUGGUUGCAAGAUGAGGUCUCCCCAAUUUCUGGGCUUUCGAGCAACCCGUUUGGAGGAUGGGGUGCAACACUGGUUGAUACUCUAGAUACCUUGUGGAUCAUGGGCAUGAAGGAGGAGUUCAAGUCUGCACUGGCAGGUCUCAAGUUGAUCGACUUUCAGACAACACAACUGAACGAGCUCAACGUUUUCGAGACAACGAUCCGAUACCUUGGAGGUUUACUGAGUGCGUACGAUGUCAGUGGUCAUCGGUAUGGAAUACUUCUCGAGAAGGCGAUUGGACUGGGCGACAUGCUGUACCACGCCUUCGACACACCCAACCACAUGCCAAUUGCUCGGUGGGAAUGGCAAAAGAGCGCCCUCGGAUACGAUCAGCAGGCCAGAAUUCAAUGCUUGGUCGCUGAGCUCGGGUCACUCACUUUGGAGUUUACACGCCUCUCCCAGUUGACAGGAGACCAUAAGUGGUACGACGCAAUUGCUCGCAUCACAGACGAGUUCGAACGGCAGCAGAAUAGGACGAAGCUUCCAGGACUCUGGCCCACCUUUGUCAAUCCCCAAGCCGCAGACUUCACACGAGACACCAGCUUCACCAUGGGCGGCAUGGCUGACUCCGUCUACGAGUAUCUUCCCAAACAGCAUCUGAUGCUCGGCGGCCAAACGGAGCAGUACAAGAACAUGUUCCAGAUCGCCCUCGCAUCAGCCAAAAAACAUAUCUUCUUCCGCCCCUUGACACCCGACAACCAAAAAGUGCUCCUCCCCGGAACGGUUCAGCGUCAGUCGCAUAAUAUCAUGAAACUGCAACCAAUGGGCGAGCACUUGGGAUGCUUCGCCGGCGGUAUGGUCGCCCUCGCUGCCAGAAUCUUCCGCGAAGAGCACGACCUCGAAACCGCCCGCGAACUCGUCGACGGCUGCCUCUGGGCCUACGAAAGCAUGCCCUCGCGCAUCAUGCCGGAAAUCUUCUUCGCCUUGCCUUGCGAGGACCGCGCACGCGAGAACUGCACCUGGAACGAGGAGCUCUGGCAGAAGAGCGUCGUGGAGAAAGCCAACCACGGCUACAUCCCCGAAGAAUACGCCGUCGAAGCACAAAACGUCAUCAAAAAGAAAAGUCUCGCCCCAGGCUUCACGGAAAUCACUGACGCGCGGUAUAUCCUUCGCCCGGAAGCCAUCGAGUCCGUUUUCGUGCUCUACCGCAUCACAGGCGACGAGUCGCUCCAGGACCGAGCGUGGGAUAUGUUCCAGUCCAUCACGAACGCCACCAAGACGGACAUCGCGUACGCCGCGCUCAAGGAUGUGAGGCAGUUGGAGCCUCAGCGGAGAUGGCUCGAUAAUAUGGAGUCUUUCUGGACGGCGGAGACUCUGAAGUACUUCUAUCUGAUCUUUAGCGAGCCGGAUGUCAUUAGUCUGGAUGAAUAUGUGCUGAAUACUGAGGCUCAUCCUCUGCUGAGGCCGAAAUGA